GAGAGAGUGUGAGUGAGUGAGUGAGUGUGAGUAUGAGAGAAAAGGAGACGGAAAGCAUAGGCAGUUCAUCCCAAAGAUGUGACAGAAUAAACAUAGAAGACAUUCAAAAUAGACAUGUUAGCACAGCCAAAUGCCUCUGAGCCUCUUCCACAUGUCUUAUUGAGUAAAGAUCGACGCAGCAAGUGCAGCUCAUUCGCCAAGCCACUUCUCACAUUUCUUCCCUGGCCCUCCCCCGCAGCACACAGCUUAAGCCAGUCAUGUGGCUGUUCUCUGUCACGUGGCUGUUCCUAACUGGCUCAGUCGUCUGGUUGCCUUGGACACUGAGCUUAAAGUCAACAGGGAGGGGGAGCAGAGAGGAUAAAGGCAGAGGCGAACAAACAGAAGCCAUUUCUAGGCAAGCUUAGAAACAUGGAGCCUGAAACAGACCAACAAAGGCAUGCUGGGGAGGACAAGAGGCAGAGGGACACAGCUGGACACUGGAGAGGGGAGGAAGUGAAAGCACUACUUUCCGUGUGGAGGGAGAGACAAGCCUGGGAAGAGGAAGAAAGCAGGGCCAAGUAUGAGGCCAUCUCAAGCCGUUUGAGAGAGCUUGGGGUGUGUAGAGACUGGAUUGACUGUAAGGCCCAGAGUAGGAGCAUGGCUCUUCCAGACUGGAGGCCUACGCAGACCAUCUACAAACACUCUUCUGCAGAUAGCAGGCCGCCGACCCAAAGGCCUUACAUGACAGAUGAAGAACCGACGGCUGCCAGAAGAGAGGAGCCUGCUUCACUGCCAGGUCUUCAGGAAGGGCUGGAAGGAGGGAGGCACUGGUCUGACAAGGAGGUUCGGGCUCUCCUUACUGUUUGGGCCGACAAGGAGGUUCACAAGCAGCUCCAACGCUCCCACAGAAACAAGACCAUCUUCCAGGAGAUGGCCCGUCGGCUGGAGCGCCAACAUGGUGUGGUACGAGACUGGAGACAGUGCCGCACCAAAUACAAGAACAUGAAAUAUGACUACAAAGUCAGCAAGAGUCAAGGUCGGCCGAUAAGGUUUUUUGCUGAGCUUAAUGCUAUAAUGCAGGGCAAAGACAUUGAGGAUGGAUUUGAUGAGGACGAGUCAUCUAGGAACAUACCAGACAGGGACCAGUUGGCCAUGAGGCGUGAACCUGUCGAAGGACAGGUUAUCAAGAUCGAUGACGAUGAAAGCCUGGCAGAGAUGCAAACAAUAAUGAAUGCCGCCACUCAUCCACUGAUUGCAAGAGAGAUAGCAACAACAGCAGCAGCCGCAAACGAGAUGAACAUAAUCACAGUGCACGACUCGGGCAGAAACUGGAGUGAGGAAGAGGUGGCCGCACUGCUUCAGAUCUGGGCCGAAGAAGGCAUUCAGCGACAGCUACAGGGCUCAACCAGAAACAAAGACAUAUUCGUGCAGAUUUCACGAAGGCUUCUUCAGCAGGGCGUGGAAAGGGACUGGAAACAGUGUCGCACCAAGUACAAAAACCUGAAGUACCUCUACCGCUCUCUGCAGAGAGGAAAAGCAGAUAUCGGGGAUCCUCGCCGUGUCAUGAGAUUUUACGAACAGCUGGAUGCACUUUUGUCCAAGCCUCCUAGAAGUCGCCUGACCUACGCCAAGUUUUCCGACACAAAUAAUUUACUGAGGAACUCUAGGAUGUUCACUCCACCAGCAUUUGAGGAGCACUCAAUGUCUGGACUUCCACAGGAGGACAAUGACAUUGUUGCGGUUAGAUAUGACCAGUCACCCAUGGAUGAGGCCGCUUUGAGAUCUCCUGCCAUUUCUGCAAGGGUCUUUCAGAACCAAGUUGACACCGAAGGCAUUUUAACAAGACCAGAGGAAGUGUCAAAUGUUGAAUAUGGGAUGCCUGAAAUGAAUGCCACGAUAGUGAGGUCAACUGGCAGCCCUCAGAUAGAAUAUGAACAGCAUGAAUCCACUGACUCCAUCACUGGUGUUAUGCUGUACAGAAGGAACCCAGACAGCAGCGACCUAUCAUACACAAGGGGAGAGCAUGCGGCGGCUACCAAAGGAAGAAAGAGGAAAGCUGCAGAUGAAGGGGAUCGUUUGCUUUGUAAACAAUUUCAUCAGAGCACUGAUGAUGGAGAAAGCAGCACAGAUUGGUCUGAGAAUAUAGACUUCCAAUGCAAAGAAGAGGAGGAUCCAUACAUUCCGAUCAUGGAGAUCACCUCUGUCUGUUCAAUGGCAUCUAAUGCACUCACGUCUGAACAAUCGGUGAGACGGCAGGACAAUGGAAGUCUAUUGAUCUGUCAUUCAACUGCAUAGCUGCAGGGAAAAACGAAGCUCAACAAUAAUGGCGAACGCAACAG